CGCAGCCAACCAAUCACCCAGCCAGCAUGUUCGGGUGACACCUUUUGGUGCGCUCGGGGCGGCGUCUCGGGCUCAGUGUGGUCGGAGGCGACGGAGGGGCCGGACGCUCCCCGGCCUUGUUGUUGUUGUCGUCGUCGUCGUCGUCGUUAUGGGGCCGCUAAUGGCGUCCCCGUCCCCGUCGAGAGGCGCCCGCUUUAGGUAGCUGAGCGGCGGCGCACGACAGAAGCGGGAGAGGCAAGAUGGAGGAGAAGGCGGCCAAGGAGGAAGGCGACGCCGAGAUCCAAGAGCUGCACGGGCCCGAGCACUGGUUCAGCAAGUGGGAGCGGCAGUGCCUGGCGGAGGCCGAGCAGGACGACGGGGCGCUGCCGCCCGAGCUGCAGGACGACGACGAGGCCGCCGCAGCUGCCGCCGCCGCCGCCACCCCGCAGCCCGAGCACAAGCAGCAGAAGCUCUGGCACCUCUUCCAGAACUCGGCCACGGCGGUGGCGCAGCUCUACAAGGACCGUGUGUGUCAGCAGCCAGGCCUCUCCUUGUGGGUCCCAUUCCAGAAUGCAGCCACUGCUGUCACCAAUCUGUACAAAGAAAGCGUGGAUGCCCAUCAGCGGAGUUUCGAUGUAGGAAUCCAUAUUGGCUAUCAGCGUCGUAACAAGGAUGUGUUGGCUUGGGUUAAAAAGCGCAGAAGAACUAUUCGCAGAGAAGACUUAAUCAGCUUCCUGUGUGGGAAAGCGCCUCCUCCACGAAACUCUAGAGCUCCCCCAAGACUAACUGUAGUAUCCCCUAACCGAGCUACUUCGACAGAAACUAGCUCCUCUGUGGAGACGGACUUGCAGCCCUUCCGAGAAGCCAUAGCUCUCCAUGGUCUUAGUGGUGCAAUGGCUAGUAUAAGUGUUCGUUCGAGUACCCCGGGCUCACCCACUCAUGUGAGCAGCGGCUCCAACAGUAGUCGAAGGAGAAAUGGACUCCAUGACGUUGACUUGAACACUUUCAUAUCCGAAGAAAUGGCACUCCACUUGGACAAUGGUGGAACUAGAAAGCGUACCUCAGCCCAGUGUGGUGAUGGCAUUACGGACUCCCCAACCCAUAAACGCAAUCGUAUGAUCUAAAUGGCAAAACCUUUUGAUCCCCACCUCUCCCUCUUCCUCAUUUCCCCCCUCCCCAUGCUGCUUUAAAGGCACUCGAUCCGCAGCGUACCUACUGCUGGGGAAACAAACCUGAGGCGCUCUCCUCCCAAGUCACACAGAUUCAAUAAUUGCCAUAAAGGAAAGCUUACGUACUGACAGUAGAUUCUUCUCUCGUAACUACAGCUUUCUUCAAAUUUAGAUUUCUUUAGCAGAGGACUUCCAAUGUUGUGUAGUAGCUAGCAAGCUCAUCGCAGGCAGAACAUGCAUCCGUUCCAAGGCUAAAAAGUGACCUUACUUGUACUCUUAAAGGGAAAAAGGAAAUAUCAGACAUUUAUUUGGUUAUAGAAAUGCUUUUCUGUCCUUUUUUUUCUUGCUGUGUUUAAAUACUUGCUUCAACAGUACUGCCAUUUUGACAACAGUGUCAAAAACAUGACUUGGCAUGUAAGACCUGCAGGCUUCUUUUUUUGAAUAUAUAUAUAUAUAUAAAUAUUUUCUUCUUAAAAGUUCUACUGGGCGCAUUAAUUUCUAUAUAGUUAAGUGUGCAAAUUUAUAAUUAAGUAUUGGCCUGUACCCUUUUUUAAGUUCCCAAAGCAGUUGAUGGUGGCCGUGUGGUAAUGUAAAGAGGUUCUACGAUGGUUCUGCAAUGGAAACUAAAUCAGUGCUAAAAAGGAUCUUCAUUGGAAUUGCUUUGUGUGUGUGAGAACUCUGACAUUGCUGCACCAGUCUCACCUCCCACACCCUCCUGGCCCAAGAACUUUUAAUUGGAAGUCUUUCAGCUGAUUGCCCAUUAUUACUUGAGUAUUCCCUUGUAAGCAAUCAGCAUAAUUCUUCAUUAAUUGCCACAGAGGAACAUGUUCUGUCACUGGCGAACAGGUGGCUUGGGUACUACAUGACUUGUAUUGUGUGCUUCCUGUGAAGAAAUUAUCAUUGUGGAAUGAUGAGGAAAUGGAUGAAUGGGACUAGUUUUUGUUUUUGUUUUUUAAAAGGAUAUUGGAUGUUUUCCCACUAUGUUGUGUGUGACUUCCAAGCCGCUUAAGGAGACAUGACUUGAAUCACCAAAGUCAGCCAGUGCAGGUCUUCCGACAGGGGCAAGAUGUGACUGUUUUCAAAGUCCCAUGAAAUAAAUUUCUCUAGGAAAUAAUCCUGAAAUGUUUCCAGCGGCUUCAGUGCAAUAUGCAGCAGAUGCAAACUGAAGGAAAAGUCUUGGGUUUAAGCUGGCCUGGCCUUGAAUGUGAGCUAAUAGCCAAGUUCUUGCCACCCUGGCCACACUGUGGCAUCCUUGGUGAAGCAGGUUUCUGGCUGUACCAUAUUUUCUCAAUGUCAGUCAUGUGGUGUGUUUGAUCAGCUAAGUGAACCUUGGAGAAUGUUGAAGGGAGGCUUAGAAGAGGACCAGCAUGUAAGGGCUAUUCUCCUCCACCUGUGUGGGAAAGAAACCGAUGACAGUGACCCAGUUUGCAUGUAACGGUAAGUCAAAACAGUGGCUUAGUGCAACUGAGGAAGUGGGCUGGUUGGUUCCAGAUUGCAGCUGUUACUCUCUUUGCCCAGUGAAGAUAGACAUGGUUGGCUUAGUGGUGCACCCGAACCUGGGCUUGCAGUGGGCAGACAAGCCAUGAACUGUAGCCAUGGUUUGUUCUUGGUUUCUCACUCCAGGAGAGACAAAACAACAGGCCUGAUUUGGAUGCAACACUAAGCCAAGCUAUGGCUUAACCCAGGCUAGUGGGGCACCUUGGGCAGGGCGCUGUGGCUGCUGUUUUCAGUCCAGGGACCCUUGCACCACUUGUUCAAACUAUUCACACUUAAGCCAUGGUUUAGCUACUGUUAUGUGUGAACUGAGGCAGUUGUUGCAGAAGGCCCCAACCAAGCCUAGUUCCUGAGAUCUUCCCAGUCUUAAAAUCAAGUGGUGAAUGGAAGGAUGUCUUGCCUACUUUCUGCUUCCAUAACUGGGGGCUUUUUUAAGCAGCCUAGCCUGCAAGUAAUUCAAUUUAAACUUCUUGGCCUGGCCAGCUAGGCGGCAUCAGGACCCUCUCUACACCGUAUAAUGCAUAUGCAAACCCAGGUCUCCACCCCCAUGGUCACUUCCGCAUUUCACUUAACAGGAUGGAGAGCUCAAAAUGCAUGUGGAUCUUCCUAGCUGGAAGCGCCCUGCAAAUGGCUGUUGUGAGGCAGGGGAGGGGGAAUCUGUGUAUGCUUCGAAUACCUACGGGGAACUCUGUUGGAUGAUGGGAUGCAACAGCAUGACUAGUUGGCUGGUACCGAGUCACAAGUAGCUCUUGAAUUUUUCUGCCUUUUCAGCCUUGAGGUGUCCUGGCACAGGUGCCCUUUUGUCACCAUUUAGAAGAAGUCUGCUUUGAACCACAGGGUACUCGUAUAACUUCCUGAGGCCAGGAACAUGCAUUGCAAGAAGCAUGUUGCUUUUUUGCUUUUGUAGAGCUUUUAAGUAUUGCUAAAAUACAAACAGCUUGGGGGAGUUGCUAAACAAAUAUUUUUUUUUAAAAAAAGUUACGUGGUGUUUGUGGCUACAGGUUUGUAGUUCAUGAUACUAUGCGUGAAUUUUAAAACAAACCCUGAGACGACACUUUCUAAAGGUUGCCAAUGUAUGUACAGCUAGUUCACUAUUGUUGACCUAAAAAAAGUGCACCACGGCUUCUGUGUGACAUUUGUAAUUUGCAUGUGGUCUAGAACUAGCUUCCAUCGUGAGAAUUCACACUGGUAUGUGCCGUAGUGACUUAAGACCACAGUGCAAAAAAACCUGACUACCCACCAGCUUUUUAUGCCAAAAAAAGUGGCACUUCAGAAACAUAGGAGGAGACUGUUUAAUUGAGAAGCCCAGAACACUGGGCAGAGUCUUGUAUUUUUGGUAGCAGUCAGCCUGGAAUGGACAAACGGCGCAUAAUAUCGUCUGCCACUGCUAUGCUCCCCAACCCCCUCACUCCUAAAUUGAUUUAGUUCAUAGGUGUACAGAACUAGUAGAGGAAGGUUUUUCUAGGGCUUCACUAAACACUGGGUUUUUCUGAUCAGUGGUAUGUUUUCUCCAAAGUAGUUAAGUGAGGGCCAGCCCAUAAUGCUAGUUGGAGCAGGAUACGAUACGUUUGUUUUAUCGCUUAAUGAGUUUGAAAAGAUUGAAAUGUGGAUCUUGAUGUGUGGAGUUCUUCUUCCCUCAACCCCUAUCAGAUAGAAUAUAAUAAUUCCUCUGUUCACUAAUGCUUUGAAGCUUUGCUAUCAGUCUAGCUCCUCUGAACAAAAUUUGUCAAGCGUUUUUUUAUAUUUUUGGUGCCAUUUUUUUCCUUUUUGGUAAAAGAAAAGCUGGCUUUGAUAAUCUAGCUGCACUAAUAGUGUGUGUGCUUGUAAGUCUUUCGACAAAAUUUAUUUUUACUGCUUUUUGAAACCCUUGUAUUUGCUGUUGAAAUAUUCAGCCUCCUGCCAAAACAAACAAAAAGCUAGACUGCAUGAUGGCCUCAUCUGGGAAAUGGGUGUGUAACGAAUUAACUUAAAUGUCCAGUGUGGAUUAUUUCCAUUGGUUGUGACUUCUGGAAGAAUAAGACUAUUGUAAAACAGACAUGUUUAGCGCUUUGGGAUGUGGUGGGAAAUUAGUCGAUUGCAGUUCCGCAUUUUUACCUGGUUCAAUUUGAAUGCCUUCCAGUGACAUUUGUCUCAUCUCUUUCCCCAUGUAAACCAAACUUAACAUGAAUGUGGGGCAGAUUUUACAUAAUAGUGUAUCCUGCAUUGAAGCUGAGCUUGGCUUGCAUAUUACUAAAAGUUCAAUUUAAAUAUUAAAACACAUGAGCUAUAAUGAAGUAAUGCAAAGCUGAUUUUUUUCUUCUUCCUUUGUCUGAAACUGAACUCCUGCAAUCCUCAAAUGUGACUUACCCUGCUGGAGAAAUAGAUACCUUUUUAAAACCCUAAUAAAAUUCAAAAUAAACCAA